AGUGCCGAAUCCUUCAGUGCUUACAACAUUUCCUAAUAAAUAAGUAAAAUUCUCAGUAAAUAUUUGUUGAAUAAAUUUUGAAAAAGCCAAAUUAUAAACUUUGAUUCCUGAAUAGUCAUUUCCUUACCUUCUAUCCUAUGUGAUAAGUCUUCCUACAACGAGAGGCUUAGUUACCUAUUUUUCUAAGACUGGAUAAUAAAAGGGGAGACAAAAAAUCCAUAAGAUGCUUUCCCAUGGUUGAAUAUGUAAUUCCAUCUUUAUUUAUUGAGCAUCUGUUAUAUGUGCAUUAUUGUGGUUGCAGAGAUGCAAUUUUGUUGGGGACACAUUGAGGCAAAUUAAGUUAUAACCAGUUGGAACUAAGUAUGGAGGUGGUGGCUGCACAACAUCAUGAAUGUGCUAAAUAUCACUGAAUUAUUCACAUUACUUAAAAAUGGUUAAUUUUAUGUGAAUUUCAUCUCAAUACAAUUUUUAAAAAAGAUUAUACUAUUACCAUAAGGGAAAGGUUAACUAAGAUAUUGCCUGGAGUGGGUUAUAGUUUAAAAUGGAGAAUGCCAGAAAAGGAUUUACAGAGAAAUUUAUGAUUGAGCCAUGUCUUUAGGGACAAAUAGGAGCUUGCUUGGAAGAAAAGUAGAAAAGGACAUUCCAUGUAUUAUAAAGAUACAAAGUCAAGGACAUCUUAUAUCUCAAUGGCAAACUGCAAAACUUUCAGAAUUCUUGGAAUAUAAUUUGCAAGAGGAAAAAUGAUAGCUGGCAAAAGCUGAAUAGUAAAGUGCCUUGAAGGUCAUGCUACGGAAUUUGGACUUUUUUCUGGAAGUGAUUUGGGCCAUGGAAAGAUAUUUAACAGGACAAUAACGUUAUCACACAUUUGCUUCUUAGAAAAGUAACUGUUGAUCAUGUGGAAAAUUGAGUGAAAGGCAUUGGAAGGAAAUGGAUGAGUUACAUUACUGCAAUAGACCAGGUAAGGGCUGCCGAGUUAAAAAAACAGUUUAAUGCUCUGAGACAGGUAUGUUUGACCAUGAUUAAGUUGGAAAAACUGGAGUAAAUCCCUAGGUAAGAAAAAAUGGUAUGGUACUACCCUACCAACUAUUAGAAUUUUAUUAUUUUAUUUAGUAUUCUAUUAAUUUCAUGAUAGGAAAAGAUUAGAAAUCCUUCCCCCCCCUCCCCCGUGGAAGGAUCAGAAUAUGCUGUCACUCUUCUACCUUCCACCCACACUAUCAUGAAAAAUAUAACUCAUAUAUGUGGAGUUAUGCACUGAACAAUUUAAUUUAGAAUUCCUUGAAACAAGGAGUUUAAGGGAUUUCCUGCAAAAAAAAUUAUCUUAAAAAGCUGUUUUAAACCUUCAUCAACUAAUCAUGGGGGUGUUUAUUGCUGUGUUAAUAAGAUCAAUUAAGAGGGUUCUGUAGGGGUUUAAACUGAAUCCUUAGCCAGGCAUUGUUGGGAUGUGGGAGGAUUAUAUUAGUCUGGUGUCACUCGUGUAUUCAGAGUGGGGGAUCUUUUAAUGCUCUCUCUGAACUCUGCAUGUUUCCUGUCAGAAAUGGGAAAAAGUCUGCUUGGGGGACGUACAUGGGAAGAGUGUUAAAUACACCAAUUACCAGACUGGGAGUGUGACAGAGGGUAGGUCUGGGCAGAACACCGGGAGAGACGUCUGUCAGGAGUGUCACCUUGAGAAAUGACUCACUGAUUCAGUAAAUUACUUCAUGCAAAUACUGCCAGAUAGACACUGGUGAUGUGUUAGGAAAUAUACUUCCCUGCCCGGAUGCCAGGAUCAGCCCCAGCUGGCUUGGCACCAACCCAGUUCAAAGAGGGCGUAGGAGGCCAUUUGAAUUCCAUUUUGCUUGCAGGAGAUGAGACCAAGUAAACUAGAGAUGGAGGAGUUGAGGGAAAUGGUAAAGAAGACAAUUGCGAGCCUCGAGGUGCAGCCGGGACAAAGAUACAGAAGAAAGCUAAAUUUAGGAGUGUCUUUCUUUUGGCAAUCACCAGCCAUUCGGAAUGUAAAUGUGGCUCCAUUUUUCUUCAUUCAGACGCUUCUUUCUGUAUUUGAAAUUUUUAAAGCUGCAUGCUAGUAUAGGCAGGAAGGCAGUAAUAAUGCAAUUUCAAAAUAUUUUAAAAUAUUUUUCUUGCCUUUGGAAAGCUCAAUUUACACCCAGAUAUAUUGACGAAAAUAGCAGUUAGGCUUUGUGCAAACAGCUAAAAGCAGGUGUUUUUUUUUAUCCUGGGGAAAACUCCUCAUGGCAUAUUUCAUUCAGAACCAUUUUCAAGUUAUUCAGCAGAUACAUAACGUGCCCCUGUAUGUGAAUUCACUGUGUUAGGAGUUACAAAGAAUAAGGCACAGUUCUUUCUCUUCUCCCCAGUACCAAGUUUAGUUGUGGGAAUGAGACAAAUAAUUUUAAAAUGGUGUUUGAUAAAUAGCACAAGUAAAUGGGAUAGAAUAAAAGAAACCCAUUUAUUCUAAAGGACUGUAGUCUGUAUCAUUAAUAUGCUGUUGGCAGUGGGCAAUUACCAAAGAAAGCUUAAGAAAGGAAGGGGAUCGAAGUUGUGUGUUACGAAUAUUAAUCUGUAGGAUGCAUUGGAAGAGGGAAAGAUAGGAAGGAGACAGACCAAUUAAGAGACUACUAUUCCUCUGAUCUAAAAACUUGAAUGGUUUCCCAGAGCUUCCUGAAUUAUGCAUGGCCUGGUAUUUAAAGCCCUCCCAUGUGGUUAUAAUAUAUUUUGGUGUUCUAUCCAACUUCUCCCCCUAAGAGGCUCUAGCUAAAUUGGCCUACUCCCUGUUGCAAAUAAAGUAAAAAAGUCGUACGCUUACCAGUUUCUUGGCUGAUGUUAUGUUUUUCCCUUUGCCAAAAAUGGCCCCCAUCUCUACCUGUCAGAUACCCACUUAUUCAUUUGUGAGUUGGAGCUAUUUUAAGAUUUAAGGGUUAACUGGUAAAACAUAAACUGUUAACUUACAUGGAAUUGGUUGCACAAAUGAAUAAUUAUAAUUCCGUGUGUAAGUGUAGUGAUAGAGGAAGCUUUGCUGUUGGAGGAACAUCAGAGAGGAUACCUUAUCCUCCUCUUAGGAGCUUGAUAGGAGGGAAGAUUCCUGGAAGAGGUGAGGCCUUAGGAUGGAUGGGAGUUUACCUGGCAGGUUUGGAAGGGAAAAGAAAGUACGGGAAAAUAUUUCAGGCUGAGAGAGCAAACUAAGCAAAUGCUCUGAACUACAACAUGGGGUAUUUAUUAGAGAAAUGCAAGCAAUUUGGUAUUCCUAGAAUGUAAAGUCUGUAGCUGGAUACUCAUACAGUGGCCAGACUGUGGAAAACCUGGAGGUUGCACUUACUCUAUAAGAUAGUUGUAAAACCCUUUCUUUCUUUCUUUCUUUUUUUUUCUUUUUUUUUUUUUUUUUUUAAGAGAACCCUUUCUUUGUAGAAAGCCUAUGCAGAAGCGCAGUACAACAGACAAUUCUGAAGUCUGCUCUGGUCAAAGCAGAGAUACCUCCCUCGUCUCAUACUUCCACACACAAAUAUACCAUCAGUCCUUUGAAAACCACUGCAAAGGAGAGCAACUGAAGGGCUUUAAUUUAAGCCUUAGAAUGACAUGAUCAUAAUUGCAUGUUGGAAAUCCUCUGCUAAGUGUUACAGGAUAGAUUUAAGGUAAAGGAUAGAUUUAAAGGGCAGCGUUCACCAAGGAAGGGACCAUGUUAGUAGUCUGAAUAAGAGGUAAGCUUUUGGUACCAGCUAUGAUGGAAUCAUUGGAACAAGACUAGCCCUCCCAUUGCACACAAUGUAAGACUGGACCACACAAAUAUAUAUAAACAGCUAUUUUCAGGCAUUGGACAGCCAGGCAUUGGACAGCCAAAGCAAUGAUGGUCACCAUUCCCCCUGAGAAAAGGACUUAGGAGAAGCACAAUACAAGGCAAAAGAAGUUAAACAAAAAAGAAAGAAGAAAUUCCUCUCCUAUAGAACCUGGAAAAUAAUACAGUUUUUAAAGAGUAAUUCAGUAGGAACAAGUAAAUGUGAACUGGUAAACUAAAUUAGAACAAUCAGAAUGGGUAAAAAUUGCUUUUCUAAAAUUGACUUUUCUAAAACUGAUUUUCGCCCAGCUGUACACUAAGAUUUGUAAACUCCAGCUUAGUUCAUUUGAAGAUACUUGAAAUAUCCCUCUUACUUUUAAUUUAUGUAAGAAGAAAUCGAUGGUGAUGUAAGAGCAAAUAAUUCUUGAGAAAUGCAGGUUUAGAAUAAAAGUAAACGUUAUUCUCCCUUAUAUUCUGAAUCAGAGAUGAAAUGCUCUAAACUUGGAUGGAGUUCCCUUUGUGGUUCAGCAGUUAAGGAACCUGACUAGGAUCCAUGAGGACUUGGGUUUAAUCACUGGCCUUGCUCAGUGGGUUGAGGAUCUGGCAUUGCCCUGAGCUCUGAUUAGGUCGCAGGUGUGGCUCAGAUCCUACAUUGGUGUGGCUGUGGUGUUGGCUAGCCACCGUAGCUCAGAUUUGACCCCUAGCCUGGGAAGCUCCAUAUGCCAUGGGUGCUGCCCUAAAAAGACCAAAAAAAAAGACUCUAAACUUUAAAAGCAAUAAUUUGAGUCAAACGUUUGAUAAUAUUUUAAAUUUCAGCAGUGGGAAAUGGAAGAGUGUACAUUAAAACUUUGAGAAUAUAAUUGUGAGUGAAGUGACGUUUAGGCCCAAAUAAGAAGUUUGGUAUACUUUAUUUAUUCUCUUCUUAAGUAUAGUAGAGAACAAAGUAUAUGAUUAAUAGAAGCCAUUUCUUUUUUUCCUGGGUAUGGUCUUUAUAAAUUGCCACAGAGAUCAGCAGUCAUUCUCUCCUAAAAUAUCAAAAAUAACUCCUCCUUUUUUCUGUAUGCCUUAGGCCUUAUUAUUUAAGGUAAUACAUUUUUUUAGAACGAUUAUGGAAAUAGUUUAUUUAGAUUCAUCCGUAUUUUCAAAGAUCCAAAUUUUUUUUUCCUUCCCAAAUUUACCCCGAUUUUUUCCCAAGGCAGGUAGAGGAUGCAUUUGUACCUUUCUUACUAGAAGGCAGUUAUUUAACCUCUUUGUGCUACUCUUUUAAUUAUUUACGUAGAGAUCAUUUCCAUCCUGAAAGGGAUGGAUGUCUUAGAUUACUGUUCCUAAAGUUUUCUAUUACUGAGAGCUUUUGAAAGAGCUUAAAAGCUGUUACUUGGUAUCCCAUUAUUUGUUUAGAAAUUUGCUUUUCUUAAUUCCCUGUUUGGUUUCUCGGUGUGCAGACAGUAGCUAUAGUUAUGCUGAUGAGGAAAUAAGGGAAUUUUUAGUCCUUUAAAGAGUGUGAAGACUUUCAGUCCUCAGGAAGAUGUUAGUUAGCAUUGUGCUCUUCAGAUUCCCAGUCACACAGAGAAAGCUUCGCUUCUUGGUAUCAUCCUCUUGACCUCAGUCAUAGGAGUUGGAUUACUGAGGCAAAGCAGAAAGCACACACACUAAAGACCGUAUCUAUCCCACUUUUACUGGAUCAGUCGAUGUGAGAGGUGCCCACUGUAAUCAUCUAGAGGGAUAAAUUAUUCUUGGUGCUUAAAAGGGGGCUAAUAAUAAUGGCUCCCUCAUAAUAUUAAAAAUGUAAAUUCUUUAGCCGUUCAUAUAGUAAGAACUUAAUGCUAGACAUUAUCAUUGAAAUUUGUUGAAAUUCUGUGUUGGAGCCCUAAGAAAUUAGAGGCUAUGAUUAACUGUUACUGAACUGGUCACCUGGACCUGUGCUAGGGUCCUAGUCCAGGCCUAGGGGUCUUGCCAGGGAGCUUCUUUUUCCAUCCAGAUUCACACAGCCGGUAAAGAAACCAAUGCUGAGACUGCAACAGGACAAGGUUUAUUCACUGGCCAAAGAAUGGAGUAGUAUGGAAACUUACUUCAUAAAUCAACUUCUCAGCCAGAUUUGGGCUGAAUAAUAUAUUUUAGAAGGAUCGAGGUGAAAGGGAGAAAAUUGAGUGAUGAGAGGGAGGAAAUUUAUGACUUACCUGAGAGCAGGGGUGUGGUUUAGACUCAGAACUGGGGCAACACCCCCUUUCAGUCAUUGUGUGGACUUUUCCAGCUGUUGUCACGGCAAUUGUCAACUGUCAGGGUACUGGUGGGUGUGUCAUUUAGCAUGCUAAUAUAUUACAAUGAAUGUGUAAUGAGGCUCAAGGUCUCCUGGAGGUCAGGUCUUCCACCAUCUUGGGUCUAGUUGGUUUCAACCAGUCUGGUUUUUCCCUUUGCAGCUUCCUCUUUUUGUAAUUGAGCCUGAAACCCAGAUAAGGGCAAUUAGUCUCCAGUUGAGGGAGGGGCAGGGGUAUGAUUCUGGAGCAACAGCCUUAGUAACAUAAUUCCUGACAUAUUUUGUCCAACUGUUUAAGAUGUUACCAAUACUAUUCUUAAUUCUGCUAAAGGUUACUAGUGAAAUCUCUUUAUGAAAAGUCUUUGCCCUCUAUCUCCAAACUAAGAUGAUGGGUCUUUUAGAAAAAAAAAAAAAAAAAAAAAAGAACAUGGAAAUAUCUCAUUACUCUACAAUGAUACAAUGAAAGGCAGUACGUAAGUUGUGAAAUAGUGGCAUUAGAAAGAGAUCUUUUGUAGCAUUCAUGGUUCUUAUUCCACAUAAAUAGAAAAAAAAUUUUUUUUAGGAUUUCAAAAACCAGUCUCACUUUUGGAAGAAAAUAUGCCAUUUUAUGUAAGUAUCUAUGCAAGUUUUGACUGAAAAUUUCGAUAGAUAGUAUAUAUAGUAUUUUAUUAACUGUCCGUUAAGUGCUUACUUCUAAAAUUAAAGAAAAUAUGGGUGAUUUUGCUACUUUUAUCUAACAAAACCGUCUUUUAAGAGAAUUCUGGAGUGAAAUCUUUCUGGUCAACGUUUAUUUCCAUUCACCUUAUUGAGCAUUAGGCAGGAUUGGGACUUGUGAGCCAGUUUCUGAUGUUAAAGAAUUUUAUUUGUGUGGGUGUUUUGUUUCUGAGCUAAGCAGAAACACAGCUGGCUGUGAUUUGUACAUACCUCACCUAAGCUAAUUUACAUACUCACCCAUCCUGAUCUUUUAGUUUUCUUUUUAAAGAAAAGCUUCCGGAAGGGGUUUGGUGAUACUUUGACCAUCGUAUUUACUUUACCUCUAGUUUCUUCUGUUUUGCUCUGAUACCUGUGGAAGGAGGACAGGAGCAGCCGACAGAUUCCACCAAAGGGCGAUGCCUGAGGAGAACUGUCAGUGUCCCCUCCGAGGGUCAGUUUCCUGAGUACCCACCAGAGGGCCGCUAAACUGGAGGUGCCAGCAGAAAGGUCCCCCCGCAGACGGAGUAUCUCAGGGACCAGUACAUCAGAGAAACCCAACUCUAUGGACACUGCAAAUACCUCACCCUUCAAAGUACCAGGGUUCUUCAGCAAGCGCCUGAAAGGCUCCAUCAAGAGGACCAAAAGCCAAUCAAAGCUUGACAGAAACACGAGCUUUCGGCUUCCCUCUCUUCGCAGUGCAGAUGACAGGUCUCGUGGGCUGCCCAAACUAAAAGAGUCACGUUCACAUGAAUCCUUGCUGAGCCCGUGCAGUGCAGUGGAAUGUCUGGACCUUGGCAGAGGGGAGCCCGUAUCAGUGAAGCCACUGCAUAGCAGCAUCCUUGGCCAAGACUUCUGCUUUGAGGUUACCUACUUAAGUGGAAGUAAAUGCUUCAGCUGUAACUCGGCUUCAGAGAGGGAUAAGUGGAUGGAAAACCUUCGUAGGACAGUUCAACCAAAUAAGGACAAUUGCAGACGAGCCGAAAAUGUUCUCCGUCUAUGGAUUAUUGAAGCCAAGGACCUUGCCCCUAAAAAGAAAUAUUUCUGUGAACUGUGCCUUGAUGAUAUCCUCUUUGCUCGAACAACCAGCAAGACCAAAGCAGAUAAUAUUUUCUGGGGUGAACAUUUUGAGUUCUACAGCCUUCCACCUCUUCAUAGCAUCACAGUUCACAUUUAUAAAGACGUGGAAAAAAAGAAAAAAAAAGACAAGAAUAAUUAUGUAGGGCUAGUCAACAUCCCCACUGCCAGUGUGACUGGUCGCCAGUUUGUAGAAAAGUGGUAUCCAGUGAGUACACCUACACCCAACAAAGGAAAGACAGGAGGACCUUCUAUUCGGAUUAAAUCACGUUUCCAAACCAUCACCAUUCUGCCUAUGGAGCAAUACAAGGAGUUUGCAGAAUUCGUCACCAGCAACUACACCAUGUUGUGUUCUGUUCUUGAACCAGUAAUUAGUGUGAGAAAUAAAGAGGAGCUGGCCUGUGCCUUAGUGCACAUUCUCCAGAGUACUGGCAGAGCCAAGGAUUUUCUGACCGACUUGGUGAUGUCUGAGGUGGAUCGUUGUGGAGAGCAUGAUGUCUUGAUCUUCAGAGAGAACACCAUUGCCACCAAAUCCAUAGAGGAAUACCUCAAGCUGGUGGGACAGCAGUAUCUUCAUGAUGCAUUGGGGGAGUUCAUCAAAGCUCUGUAUGAGUCAGAUGAGAACUGCGAAGUGGAUCCCAGCAAAUGUUCUUCCAGUGAACUGAUAGACCAUCAGAGCAACCUGAAAAUGUGCUGUGAGCUGGCUUUCUGCAAGAUCAUCAACUCCUACUGUGUUUUCCCUCGCGAGUUGAAAGAAGUGUUUGCAUCGUGGAAGCAGCAGUGCCUGAACCGCGGCAAGCAGGACAUCAGCGAGCGGCUCAUCAGUGCCUCGUUGUUCCUCCGUUUCCUGUGCCCGGCCAUCAUGUCUCCCAGCCUCUUCAACCUAAUGCAGGAGUAUCCUGAUGACCGCACGUCUCGGACUCUAACGCUCAUUGCCAAGGUCAUCCAGAACCUGGCCAACUUUGCCAAAUUUGGUAACAAAGAGGAAUACAUGGCAUUCAUGAAUGAUUUUUUAGAAUACGAAUGGGGCGGAAUGAAGCGCUUUCUUUUGGAGAUCUCUAAUCCAGACACCAUCUCAAACACCCCAGGCUUUGAUGGCUAUAUCGAUCUGGGUCGAGAGCUUUCAGUUUUGCACUCCUUACUGUGGGAAGUAGUUUCCCAACUUGAUAAGGGUGAAAAUUCCUUCCUACAGGCGACCGUGGCAAAAUUGGGACCUCUCCCUCGUGUUCUUGCUGAUAUUACCAAAUCUCUGACUAAUCCCACACCAAUACAGCAGCAACUGAGACGCUUCACUGAGCAUAGCUCCAGUCCAAAUGUCAGUGGAAGCCUCUCCUCCGGGCUGCAGAAAAUAUUUGAAGACCCUACUGACAGUGAUUUGCACAAACUAAAAUCUCCAAGCCAGGACAACACAGACAGCUAUUUCAGAGGGAAAACGCUGUUGCUGGUUCAGCAAGCCUCCUCCCAGAGCAUGACUUACUCUGAAAAGGACGAGAAGGAAAGUAGCCUUCCUAAUGGCCGGAGCAUCUCCCUCAUGGACCUCCAGGACACGCACGCCGCCCAGGUGGAGCAUGCGUCUGUCAUGCUUGAUGUGCCUAUGCUCUUGACUGGGAGCCAGCUCUCCAUCACCCAGGUGGCCAGCAUCAAGCAACUGCGGGAGACUCAGAGCACUCCCCAGAGUGCACCCCAAGUGCGAAGGCCCCUGCACCCAGCCUUGAACCAGCCAGGCAGCCUCCAGCCCUUGUCAUUCCAGAACCCUGUCUAUCACCUCAAUAACCCAAUUCCAGCCAUGCCAAAGGCCUCUGUGGAUUCCAGUUUGGAGAACCUCAGCACUGCCAGUUCCAGGAGCCAAAGUAACAGUGAAGACUUCAAGCUCAGUGGGCCCAGCAACAGCAGCAUGGAGGAUUUCACCAAACGUAGCACUCAGAGCGAGGACUUCUCCAGGCGGCACACGGUGCCAGACAGGCACAUACCUCUUGCUCUGCCGCGGCAGAACAGCACGGGGCAGGCCCAGAUCCGUAAAAUGGACCAGGCUGGGCUGGGUGCCCGAGCCAAAGCCCCGCCGUCCCUGCCGCACAGCGCUUCCUUACGUAGCACAGGGAGCAUGUCAGUGGCAUCUGCGGCCCUGGUGGCCGAACCUGUGCAGAAUGGGAGCCGGUCCCGGCAGCAGUCCUCUUCCUCCCGAGAGAGCCCUGUUCCCAAAGUGAGAGCCAUCCAGAGGCAGCAGACCCAGCAGGUUCAGUCACCCGUGGACUCUGCCACAAUGUCCCCAGUGGAAAGGACAGCAGCCUGGGUUCUGAACAAUGGACAGUAUGAAGAGGAUGUGGAAGAAAGUGAGCAAAAUCAAGAUGAGGCCAAGCACGCUGAGAAGUAUGAACAGGAAAUUACUAAACUGAAGGAGCGCCUGCGUGUGUCCAGCCGGCGGCUGGAGGAGUAUGAGCGCCGCUUGCUGGUGCAGGAGCAGCAGAUGCAGAAGCUCCUGCUGGAGUACAAGGCCCGGCUGGAGGACAGCGAGGAGCGGCUUCGCAGGCAGCAGGAGGAGAAGGACAGCCAGAUGAAGAGCAUCAUCAGCAGGCUAAUGGCUGUGGAAGAGGAGCUGAAGAAGGAUCACGCUGAGAUGCAAGCAGUUAUUGAUGCAAAGCAAAAAAUAAUUGAUGCACAGGUCAUAAAUGGAGAUGAGAUUAUUCAAACAGGAAAAACGGAUCGUGUCGCUGGACUCGGCCAACACCAGACUGAUGAGCGCGCUGACCCAAGUGAAGGAGCGGUACAGCAUGCAGGUCCGAAAUGGCAUCUCCCCCACCAACCCCACCAAGCUUUCCAUCACGGAGAAUGGUGAAUUCAAAAACAGCAGCUGCUGACGGGCGUUGCGACUAGACAGACUGUGGGAGGAGACGGAAGGCAAUGUCCCCACUCUCCUGGCCCCAGCCCUCCCCCCACCCCACCCGGUUUACAGAAUGUACUACUGCAGAACAGCGGGGUGGCGAGAAAAGAAAGGAACCUUGUCUUUCAGGGCAUAAGGCUAAGACUCCUGAGCUCGACGCGUCCCCCCACGUCUCUGUGUACAUAGGGAACUCAGUUCUGGGCCAUGUACAGAAAAGACCACUGUAAUAUACCCGACGGAAGUUCAUAAUGUAGAUGACCUUUCUAAUUAUCGCUAUUUUUAUUAUUGUUGUCCUCUUGGUGAAAGCACUGCAGUUGUUAGAGGAGGCAGAGUAGGAACCAGCGUGAGUGAGGCAGGAGCCCGGCAGUUCGGAAGGCAGAGAGCCCCCGUGUCUGUCUGGCGGAGCAGCCCGGCCGCGUCAGGAGGCUGUCAGAAUGACUUCAGGGAUCCACCUGGCAGUUUAAAACCCCACCCGCUUCCCUGUCCUUUGGGAAAGCAGGCAAGUCCCGAGAUCCACACCAAACAGUUUAUCCCAUUGAUAUGCCAAGACCGGUUCCGGAUGGACGGCUAAUCUGAUCUGGGGAGACACGGUUCCAGAGGACACAUCAAAACUGGACGUGAGGAGUGAUGUCUCUUGAACUCCUGUUGAUGUUCAUUUCCUUCUGUCUGUAGCAGAUGGGAAUUUUCCAUUUUAGAUAGGGGGCUUUUUUUUCUCCCCAGUUGUAAUAAAGGGUGUUCUUUUUCCUCUUUAGAGUUUACAAAACGAUAACUCCGUGUGUGUCUAUAUAGCAUCUGCAUCUCCACACAGCCGCUGCCUCCCCGCAGUGGGAGCAGCCAUCACCUACAGGGUCCACUCUCCCCAGAGAGGCUCUGCACAUACGCUGCCCACAAGCCAUCUGAAAUAAACACCCUUUCUUCUAUACAGAAAAGGGCUAAAACCGUACCAUACCCUAGCAGGAAUCCCUGACUAUUUCCUAGUAAAUCUUUAUUUUGUUUGGGAUAAAAACUGUAUCCAGUGUAGAGCAGAUCUCUGGGCAGGGUAAUUGUUUCUCAGUCUUUACCUUUUAAAUUGCUUCUUCCUCUCAUCCCCUGAGUACAAUUUGGGAAAGCAAGCCAAAUCUGAAGCAUUGCUCUCUUAAAAGUCAGGAUUGUGCUUCUUAAAAAAUAAGCUACUAAACGUGAGAGGACAGCACAUUCCAGUUGCUAUUCCCAUGCCCUUGGUAGGUUUGGCAACAAGAACCCAGUUUCACACAAGUUGUCACCCUUGGCUUUAUUGAAAGACGGAAACAGUCGUGGAAGCUAAUUUGCUUCCUUUUUUCCAGAGGGGUGAAAUGACAACUUGAACGCAACCCUGAUUAUCAGAAGUAAGGAAUGUUAUAAGUUAAAUCGACAUUUUAUAUACAAGUAUAUAUAUACACAUAUAGUCACACAUAUGUACAUAUAACUGCACAAAUAGGAAAAGUUCCUGCCUUCUCUGCUGUCAGAUAUAAUGUUGAAGGGGGUUGGAAUCUCUUUAAGCAAGAUCUAAGCACUUGUUUAUAUUGAGAAAGCAAUAGUGUGUCUCCAAUAAGUUAAUGAUGUUUAUUUUAAAUUAUAAACUUUAAGGAAAUUUUUUUUAAAAGGAAAAGGGAAGGGGGGGUUAAAAAAAAAAAGACCUGAGGAAGCCAUAUCCAUGGAGUGUUUCCACAUAACAGAAUAUUUAUAAGGGACAAGAGAGCAUUUAUCCUGUCCCCUUUGGGGCGAAGCCCUGACAGAACACCGAGCCUCCCUUUCCACCGCACCCCAGACUUGCCCUCUGACCUCUUAGCACUGCUCUCAGGUGGCUCGUUCUGUUGGACCUUGCAUCUCAGCAACCUCCACACGGCCACCAGCCCACAACCUCUUAAAUCCUUUCUCUUCCGUGACCCUCCCAUUUCUGCUGCUCAGCAGUGGAAAACAGGAGCUGCCCCAUGUGCUUAUCUGAUCCACAGACUUCAUGCCCACAUGUUUUGGCGCUUGUGUGUUUUCUUGACCCUCACUCAUUAUUUUACCAAUGAUUAGCUCUGCCCUCCAAGCUGAGGGCCCACCGUAGCCAAAAUCAUUUAUUUUACUGGGAAAAAAAAUCAUUACCAUUACCCUUUGUUGGGGGAGAGGGUGUGUUGUUUAAACAAAGGUCUGUUCUUAUUUGUGGCCAUUCUCAGUUAUAGCCAUAUUUAAUUCACCCUCUGUAAAAGCUUUCAGAAAACCUGGUGAAAGACUAGUCAGUUCCAAUGGCUCUAAGUAUGUAACGUGGGAGACGUCCUGCACUGAGGUUUGGAAGCUCUCAGGUGGUGGUUAUGGAUGACAGUGGGCUGACAUGUUGGAGGUUGGGGGAGACAAAACAAAUCAAAUAUGUUUUUGAUGGAUGCAGUAUAUCUUGCCAGCAUUGUGGGAGCUCCUGCAAAGGCGGCCUCCUUUGGAAGAUCAGAUGCCCAAAAUGUUUGGAGAGAUUAUACAGUCCUGUAUGAUCAGGUUAUCUUGUUUGAAGAGAAAGGGUAAACAGAUAAUAAAGUUAGAAAUAAGCUAGAAGUUCAGUAGAGUUGCCAGAUAUUAAAUUUUAGAUUAUCCUUUGAGCCUAUUCCUAUUGGAAUAUUUUUCUGAAUAUUUCUUUAGAGAAUGCUGCAAUCUAUAGAACUUUUCCAGAAAGAUUUUUUUUUCUUUUUCUUUUUUUUUUUUUUUUUUUUUUUGGCAGGGAAGAGGGCAGCACAGCUGAUAAUUUUUCUGGCGGUAUUGCUUAAUUGGCUUUUCUUCAGCCCAAAUUAAGUACAUGCCUCUGUUUGGCUAGGAGGAGGUGCAUGGUUGAAGAGAAGCAGGUGGAUUAAGAAAGUCACAUCUUGUAGUCCUUCUAGCACCCAACAUGUCAUCUCAUGGUAGGGUGCGGCCUAGAUGAAGGCUGGAUGGAAUUUGAAAUUCAGGUGACAUGCUUGCUUGCAAAGUGCUUGUCUAGCUGACAACCAGACUUGGCAUCAACAAGGACAAUGUUGGUAGGAUGUAGGAAAAGAGCUUGAUGUUUCUCUUCUGUUAUCUCUGGAGCAAUAAGCUUUCUGAGCCGAAGCAGCAAAAAGGAGUUACAUUUCCAUCAGGUCAUCCAUCAUAUUCCCUGAGUCUCCGCACUACAAGCCAUGACAGAGUGGAGAUUAUAACUAGGUGACGUGACAAAGACUAUCACCAAGGUAGUGCUAGGGUCCAGGGCAGGUGGUAAAGGGGAGCGUGGUAGAAUGAGGUCAUCAUGCUGCUAGAACUUGUUGCCGUUUUCACUCAGGAUUGAGUUGGUCAGAAUUAGCUUUCUCUGGUCGGCUUCUCCCUUUGCUUGGGAUGGUGUUGGACAGCUAAAGAAGUAGGAUUUCCAGCCUAUGACUGCUGUUAUGCCGUGAUGUUAAAAGUAAAGCUUCUUGGGCAUUUCCUGGUGGCUCAGCGCAUUGAGGAUCUGGCGUUGUCACUGCUGUGGCUCUGGUUACUGCUGCAGCAGGGGUUUGACCCCUGAGCAAGACCCUUUCCGUCAAGUGAGCUCGAUUACAUUUGCUCUGCCUUCCAUCUAGGUUUAGUUCUAGUUGUCUCCAGUUUGCAGUUUCUGAGAAGGCUGGUUAUGGGACAGAACUUGGGGGAGGAGCCCUCUUUGGAUUAUUAAGGCUCAAGGGACUCAGACUAGAGUUGACACCAGAUCAGACUUGUGACUGGAGCCCACGCCCACACCAUCCCUGUGUUUUCAGCUACACCUUCUGCAGAUUGUGGAAAACCAAAAGGGAUUUCCUCUCCAUUCCUUUUCCCUUUUUCAAAUCUAGUAGUAAAAUCUCCUGCUUGCUUCAACAGUAAAUAGUUGCCUUCCCGCCCCCUACCUGAGGGCCAAGAAUGUGGGACACUUUGGUUUUUAGCAGUAUGUCAAUUAAAAGGACCUAUCUUGCUGGUUUUAAAAAGCGAGAUAUGUUGGGGUGUUGAAUUUUUAAAUAGAAUCUCUUUUCGUGUUCGAAUGAUUGUAAUUAGUUCUAGAAGCAUUCUCUUGUCAUGACCCAGUUAUGAAUGCUCUUGAGUUUAGGAAGGACAAAAGUGAUGAAAUUUGCAUGAGGAAAAAUAAAUAUCUUAUGCAGAGGGAAAGAACCUGAGGAAGAGACAUGAUCCAGCAGGGGCCUAAUGCCCAGCAGCCUUCUCCAUAGCCCAAAGGUUCAAGGAGACAGGAGGAUUUCUAUCCUUUGCCUGCUCUCAAAAUGCACAGCUAGAUGAAAAAGUCUCUGUAGACAACGUGUGUGCACCCCCACAGAACACGUGAUUCCCAGGCUUCCUUUUUCUGAAAGUCAGUCCAUCUUAUAGAGCAGCGAGUCCCAGACUUCCUCAAGUUUUUUAGAUUUUUAUGCUCUCAUUUGUUAGAUUUUAUGACAGUGGUUCUUUCCUCGUUAAAAUGUACCAUAUGUGUUAUGUGUAUAUAUAAGUUAAAGUGACUUGAAAUCGAUUUGGUUUGACAUUGUCUCAAGAAUCCUAGAUAGCAUUAUGGAUACUCUGGGGAGUCAUAGGAAGUUGAGUAUCACUGAUCUGAGAGUAGGAUCCAGAAAGAAGUAGCUUUCAUUCCUGAUCAGUUACUCCUGGAGUGUUGGAGUAACCAACCCAUAGGGGGUUGGCAGUGAGUCACCCAAAGAAAGCCAAAUGGUCACUUCUGCCCAUAUUUCAGCAUGUAUUUUAAUUUCCAGCUCAGUUCUUAUGUUUUUCAAUGCCCUCGUUCUUCCCUAGGAAAUGUUUUAGUUUGAGACUUAAAACCGGAUUUAUCUGUAGAGAGAUUUCCACCGAACUGUGUAUUAGGAGCCUCGAUCGUCUGUGUGGGGGUACAAAUAUUUAAGAAUAAGUACCGUAUUUAUGUCACUCCUUAGCCCCCAAGGGAAAAUGUUCGGUUCCCAGUUCCCCAGAAGGUUAAGUACUAAUUGACUCAGUGACCACUCUCCUGCAGAAAAUUUAAAAUAAAUAGUAAAGUUUAAAUUUUGAUUGGUGCUUAGACAUCUCCUAGUCACAUUAAAAUUAACUCAAGCAGACAGCAGAGCAUUAACCUGAAUCUCGCCUGUGAGGAACCUACCUUCUAAAUUUGAUUUUGUUUUUCAUCUCCAGGGCCUUAAUAAGAGUGUGUUAAUACACAGGACUAUUUUACAAUGAUAGCUCUAAAUAAUUUAUUUUUUAUUUCAAGACAGAGAAAAAUACACGUUAGAAAAACAAAACCCAAGAUUUUAUUUUAUUUUUAAAGCCAUAUUUUUGUGCUAGUAGCACUUAGAUCGUUCCAUAUGUGAGCUCCGUAUCUGCAUUUCAUUACCUGGGUUUGUUCUAAGAGAAGAUUUAUUUUUGUUCUGUGAAUAAUUUUUGACGGUUCUUGUACAUGUACAGAUAUAGAUACGUUUGAGGUCUUUUAUUGAUAUUCCUACAAAGAAUACAAAUAAACUUUAACUUUAAACA